CUAAUCAGUUAUUGACAUGGCGGGAAAUGGAAUAAUUUGUUAGUUUGUUCGUAGGAUGAAAAGAAUAAGUCAUUUUAUUGUACACACUUAGUUAUUCUGUAAUAUAAAUCAUGCACAUUAGUUGCGUGAUAUGUGGUGAUUUGUUUGUUGCUACAUCUGAGGUAUUUGUAACAGGCUGUGGCCAUCUAUUCCAUUAUCCAUGUUUGAUUCAAUGGAUUGAGAGAUCCAAGUCCUGUCCACAGUGUCGAUACAAAACAACUGAGAAGACAAUCCAUCGAAUUUAUUUUAAUGUUGCAAACAGUGAACCGGAAGAAGAUGCUAGUCUUUUGCGUAAUAAGAUUGAUAAUCUGACAUUUCAGAUUCAUCUGAAGGAUACAGAUAUUAAAAAUGCUUCUGAAGAAAAUCAAACAUUGAGCAAUCAAAAUAAGGGAUUAAGGGAAGAGAUUAAAACACUAGAAUUCAAGAUUCGUUCACAAGAAUCAUCAGUAUCAGCACUAAAGGAUCAAAUCAGAUAUCUGCGACUACAAAACAAAGAUGCAGAAGAUUCUCGGGAGGAGGCAAAAAAACUCCGCAAACAACUUGAAAUUUUGAAGAGUAUUCAGAUAAUUGUUCAUGGAACCACAACAGAAGUGGAAGAAAUCCUGGAUAAACAUGCAGACUCACAUGAUUCAAGGAAAUCUUUAGCAACCUAUGUAUCAGUCCUUAGAAGAGAAAUGCAAGCAGCAUCAGAUAGGAAGCAGGCUCUCAGAGACCAGCUAAGAACAUGUCAGCAGGAUCUAAGUGCAGCAAAUUUACAAAAGGAAAAGCUAUAUGAAGAAGUAAAUCUUAAAUCAAAGCUGAAUAAACAACUGGAAGAUGAUAUGCAACAUUUGGAGCAUGAGAAGAGAAGCCUUCAGAAGAAAAUACGUGAUCUUGAGAAAGCCAUUUCUUCACCCAGUGGCAAAAAUCCUAGGGAUAGUGCUCUUCGGAGACUGAUAUUAGAAAGUCCUAUACCUGAGGCAGUCAAAGUACCAAGAAUGACAGAUUCUGCUGAAGGAGACACAUCUACGUCAACACUGUUUGGUACACUACUAUCACCUGGGUCCAAAGCACAAGAGACGUCUGAUCCAGAAUCACCAUACCUGAAUAUUAAAUCAUGCAGUUUCGGCCUGACUCCCCUGAAGGGUUCUCAGAGCAUGAAUCUGAAAUUAUCUUCAGGCAGCAAUAAAUUCAGCAUAUUCAAAAAGGCCCAUCAUACAAAACUAAGUUCUUCAGUGGAUGCAAGUCCUGAAGAAACAUAUGAUGGUUUAGGAGGCCAUUCUAAAUUUGAUGAAUUUCCAGUACCAAGUUCAAAAUUUAAGCCAACACAAAGAAAGUUAAAAUCUGUUUCAACCCUUAAAACAAAAAAACAAGUUACAGUCAUGCAUAAGUUAGAUAGGUUUCUUGAUUUACCAUGAAUUCAGGAUAUUUUUUUAACAAGUUCUAUUUGAGAAGACAAUAAACUUAAGUUAAAAACAGAAUGAAAACUGUGAUUAUACCCCAAGUAAUGUAAACCUUUGAACAUUUAAUUAUGCAUAAAAUGUGUAUUGAAUUCUACUUGAAUCAACAAUUGUUACAUUCUGUGGGCUCUAGACAGUCUU